GGGACCCGGGAUGGGCCGGAUCGACACCAUGGCAGAUCAGUCGUACUGCAUUCGGCUGCAACAUGACAUGUAUUUCCUUACAAGCAAUAGCCGACUGAACGAGCAAGUUGUGGAUAAAAUUAUUCUUCAGCUUAACAGAGUCUACCCCCAAAUUCUCACCGAUGCAGAAGCAGAAAAGUUCCGGAAUCCGAAGGCAUCGCUCCAUGUGCGGCUCAUGGACUUGCUGAAGCACMUUCAGAAGAACGGGGAGCGACACUGCCAGGAGUUCUACAGGGCUCUGCAGAUCAACGCCGAGCACCUCUAUAACGACCUGCCCAGCAGGAAAAUCCUCAAAACUACAGAUCCCACAAUGAUAGCCACUGACAAGGAGAAAUGUAUGCUAAAUGACAGGGGUCCGGUGUUUUUCCUCACCUGCUUCAGCGCGGCUGCAGGGUUUGCCCUGUUCUGGUACUGCUGUGACUCAGAUACCAAAGUCCUGGGAAGAGCCAGGAGAAUCCUGGGCUUUUCUCCUGUUAUCAUAGGAAGACAUGUCAGAAAGAUUUGUAUGUUGUACUUGGAAGAUUUAUCAAGGAAUUAAGGAAAAGCUGCCUCUUUGCUUCUCUGCACAGCGUAUACCUGCCAAGGGAAGACAACGGUGCAUGAAUGCUAAUGUACUACCCUCUCAUACCAAAGAUCUCAUUAACUAGCUUCAUCAAUGUGUUGCCUUAAGAUAUAUUCAGAAGCUCUGCUAUAUAUGUCCUUCCUUAGGGGAAUGGACCUUUUAUUUUUGUAAAUGCUUAUUUUAAAAUAUUUAUCAUUUGGAUAAAAAUAUUUUUAAUACAACUUUUAAUAUGAUAUCCUAGGCAAUUAUUGGUCUUAGGCCAUGUUUGCAUAUAUGUGUUUUAUACUGGAAGGGAAGAACACAAUAGUCAAAAGAAUGCAAGUCUGUCUUUUGUGACAAUUAAUUUAAGAAAAGCACUUAAGAAAACUUACAUGCACUCCAAGCCUUACUGAGGAAUAGAUCUCCAUCUCAGGGCUGUGUCUUGUCCGGUAGCUUUACCCUCACCGCCCGAGCUCGGGUGGGCACCGGUGCCUCUGAAGGCCCUCAGGGCCAGGUGCCUUUGUGCGUGCCAAGUCCUUGCCACAGUUCAUGAUGUCCGUGUUGGCAGCUCGGCCUGCCUGCCUUGCCCAUGCCGCGUUGAGCGAUGUGUUGUGGCCUGAGCACGCUGGAGCUGGUGCAAACCCCAUCCUGCGGCGUGCCCUGGCUGGUCUGAAGUGCUUGAGACUUCCAGGGAGACCUUUCAGGGUUAUUUACACACCUCCAUUGAGGUAUUUUGGGGUAUCUAAGAAAUGGAAGCAAUCUAGCAUGUUCUGCGGGGAUGUAAGUGAUGUGAGGUGGAGGUGUUUUAUGGCCAAAAAAAUGCAUGUAUUUACUUGAAGAGUCUGCAGUUGUUAUGUCAUUUGAUCAUGUUCUGCUUUCAUCUGUAAGCUGAGGCCCAAAAAGUUUGCAGGAUCUAUUCCCAACACCUGUCUAAGAAGGAAAUGCAUGAGGGAGAUCUUGGGAGCCGGGACCGCCGAUGUGCUUGUGGCUUCACAGGCCAGGCUCUGCCCAGCUCCUCACAAAGGCCUUUCCCCCUCGGUCUGCUCUUUCUGAACAGGCUUUAGUCAAAGCAUCUUUYGGUGGAUGGUUCCUUGUGGCUCUUCCUUCACUGGAAUGUGAUUUCCAGAUCAGGUUUAGGGCCAGGAGGGGAGAUGGUCGCCCAAGUGAGCUGCAGCCACACGUGGGUCAAUGUGCAUCCAUAGGGAUUUGCAAACUCCAAGUCCUCUGAAAUGAUUUCCCUAAAACAGAUGGAAAAUCAUCAGUGCYUUGUUGGAGCUGAGGGCCGGAUGCUGCUGUGCUGACAGGUUUGGGGACACCUGGCCUUGCCAGCAGCCCCACAGAGCCCCUCAAGCAGCCCUAGAAGUGCAGUGGCCCUGUGGGACACCGUGGUCCUCCCCGUGCCCUGACCCAAAUGGCUCUCUGGAGCUUCGGAAAGAGGCAAGUUCUGUGAAGGCUACGGCACCUCUCUGUUCUUUUGGAAAGUUGAGGCUGCCUCUCGGGAACAAGCUCCUGGGUMGAGUUGUUUGGUUUGGCCUGGGAAGAAGUCAGGAGAGCAGACAUAGAUUUGACCAUCAUCAUAAGAAAGAGAAGAUUUGUGCCUUAAUUAGUGUAAGUUUUUACUGAUCAGAAAAAUGAAGGCAAAGCUUGCUUUAAUUUGGUGCUGUGUAGGUCUGUGUAGCAGGCAGUCACUGGGGAUAGGAAUGACGAGGCUCCCUCCCUGCCUUCCCUUUCCUUGUGCUUCCUUUGUCCUUAUAAAGGGCGGACAGGAAUGGGCAGAAGGCUCAGGAGGUGUUUGCAGUUCCUGGGACUAGAACAGAGCUGGAAGCAAGCCCUGGGGGAGACCCUUGUUGUCUUUGAAGACCGUUCUUUGGGGAUGCUGAUGUUYAGUGCCUUCUGCCAAGGCAAUCUGCGCAGCAAACACCGCCGGCAGCUGCAGYGAUAGAUACCUCUGUGUUCAGCUCUGCAGGAGGCACCUGCUCUAUUUGGGAGCCAGGGCCAGAGAGGGAUGAGGUUUUAUUUGCUUUGAAAUAAAUAAAGCAGAGUCUUGGGGGAGCACAAGUAGGUGCAGAAUUCCCGCUUCCCUGCUGGGAAGGUGUCAGAGCUCGGCGGUUCGUGCCCAAGUGCUGUGAGAGCAGGGCAAGGCAAUAGAAUAGCCCGUGCUACAGCA